AUGGACAGUUUGGGUUUGGCACUAGUAAGUUUGCAGAAAAACAUUGAUUUGCUCUUGAAAGUUUGGAUGGUGACUCCUGAUUUCGCGCUCACUCUCUCCUUGCUUGGUUCUCACACUCGCUCUGUGCAGGUCUCGUCUGAGCGAGCCAUGGAAGCCAACACAAGCAGCAAGACCGGCGAGGUGCCGUCCCUCCUCGCCAACGUUGAGGUUUCCCAUCUCGACGGCUUCGAUACGACCACCCCGAUGCAGAGCCCCAAACCGGUGCUUUACCCCGACACGGGCCGCCCCGCCCGGAUGCGGCCGCCGGAGCGCGUGGCCCCGCGCAGCGAGACGGUGAUCCCAGCUUUCGACUCGCCGUUCAACCCGCCGGGGCAGCGCUCGGGGUACCCCGUGUCUAUCAGCCUGCCAUCGUCGCCGACCGGCUUCGGCGAGCCCCUCGUGGCGCCCGGCGGCGACUUGCACGAGCGGAAGCAGGCCAUGUCGAACGCGGCGCAGGAGCCGGCGCAGCACGUGAGGUUCGUGCAGCCGCACAGGGUGAUGUUCCGGUCGCAGCCGAACCCCGGCGGGGUGCCCACCCACGCCGUGAGACGGAUGGGUAGCCGGGGCGGCAGGACCAUGAACCGGGACAAGCGCUUCGACUCGUUCAAGACGUUUUCCGGGAAGCUGGAGCGGCAGAUCACCCAUCUGGCCGGCGGCGGCGUGCCGGUUAGUACCCCCGAGGAGGAGGAGUUCGCCCAGGGACAGGGAGAAGCCGUGAGUGGCGACAACGUUGAUCGCUUCUUCGCCGCACUGGAGGGACCCGAGCUGGACAAACUCAAGUCGUCGGAGGAGCUGGCGCUGCCGGCGGACAAGAAGUGGCCGUUCCUGCUCCGGUUCCCCAUCUCGGCGUUCGGUAUGUGCCUCGGGGUCAGCAGCCAGGCGAUCCUGUACAAGACGAUCGCGACGGCGGCGCCGACCGAGUUCCUGCACGUGAACCCCAAGGUGAACCUGGUGCUUUGGUUCAUCUCCGUGGGGCUAAUGUCCAUCAUCACGGCCGCGUACGCAUUCAAGAUCAUCUUCUUCUUCGAGGCCGUCCGUCGCGAGUACUACCACCCCAUCCGUGUCAACUUCUUCUUCGCGCCGUGGAUCGCCUGUCUGUUCCUGGCCAUGGGCGUGCCCCCCUCCGUCGCCACCCAGCUGCCUCCCUGGCUUUGGUACGCGCUCAUGUUCCCGGUGCUGUGCCUCGAGCUCAAGAUCUACGGGCAGUGGAUGUCCGGCGGGCAGAGGCGGCUGUCCAAGGUGGCCAACCCGUCCAACCACCUGUCCGUCGUGGGCAACUUCGUGGGCGCGCUGAUGGGCGCGUCCAUGGGGCUCAAGGAAGGUCCCAUCUUCUUCUUCGGCGUCGGGAUGGCGCACUACGCCGUGCUGUUCGUGACGCUGUAUCAGAGGCUGCCCACCAACGCGACGCUGCCCAAGGACCUGCACCCGGUCUUCUUCCUCUUCGUGGCGGCGCCGAGCGUGGCGUCCAUGGCGUGGGCCAAGAUCGUGGACGAGUUCGGCGUGGGGGCCAAGCUCGCCUACUUCAUCGCCAUGUUCCUCUACUCGUCGCUCGCCGUCCGGAUCAACUUCUUCAGAGGGUUCAGGUUCUCGCUGUCGUGGUGGGCCUACACGUUCCCGAUGACCGGCGCGGCCAUCGCGUCCAUCCGGUACGCCACCGUGGUGGACAAUGCCUUCACCAAGGCGCUGUGUGUGGGGCUGUCGCUGCUGGCCACGCUCACCGUGACGGGCCUCUUCGCCACCACCAUGGUGCACGCCUUGGUGUUCCACGACCUUUUCCCCAACGACAACGCCAUCGCCAUCACGGACCGCAAGAUGAAGCCUAUCAUGGAGCUGCAAGAGAGUGGCAAGGACGACGACAGCCGCUCCGGCAGCAGCAGCAGCAAGGACGUAGAGGCCGGCGCCGCUGCCGCAGUAGCACCAGAAGCUUGA